GGCGGGCCAGGGGUUCCGGGUGAAGUCCUGGACCAGCUGCGGGAGGACUUGCAGGCGCUGCUGGGCGCCAAGCGCAAGGCCCAAGAGGCACGCCAGCAGCUGGACGAGAAGGAGGCGAAGAUCCAAACGAUCCGCCAGGAGCUGCGCUCCACGAAGCUGGAGGAGCUGGAGGACGACGUGGCCAACGCGAAGGCGGAGGCCAAAUCCAAGGCAGAGGAGCUCGAGAGCGCAGGCGACUUGGCCGAGUCCCAGAAGCACCGCGACCAGGGCAAGGAGCUGCUUCAAGCGAUCGUGGAAGUGGAGAAUGAGGUGGCUGCGAUCCAGAAGCGGCUCGCAAAGCUGCAGGACGAGCGUGUGCAGUUGGAGGAGUCGGCCCAGGAGCACGAGGAGCAGACCAGCAAGUUGAAGGAGAAGCGUGAAGAGAUCCAGCGGCAGAAGGACCAAUGCCAGGAUUUCCUGGAUGGGCUGGCUGGCAUCGAGAGGGAUCACCAGGACAAGAAGGAGGCCUGCGAAGUGUUGCGCCAGCAACUAGCGGCGGCGCGGGCAGAGCAUCCAGGCCGCGCGGUGCGGCGGGAGGUGGGGGACUGGCAGGUGAGUCCGCAGAUCCUGGCGCCAGGCUUCUCGCUGGCCGCUUCUGGCGGCGCUGACGGCUCCUGGCGGUUGCUGCGGUUGCUGCGCCUGGCGGACCAGGUCCUGCCCGCGCUGCGCCGGGAGGACGGCGACGCGGACGGGCGCUUGGAGGCCUCGGAGCUGGCGCGGGCGCUGCGGAAGCUGGCGGGGCCCGGGCGCCUUGGCCGAGACGUGGCUCUGGUGUUUGAGGACCUGGGGCAGACCGGUCUUGAUCCACAGAUUCGGAGGUAG